AUGGGAACCAUUGCACCCGCGGCAGCGAAGCAGUGUAUAAGGAGAUGUUCCCGCUUGCAGGGGGCGCAGCGCAGCGUGCGCGCGGCGUCGGCGCUGGGCUGGUCGGCGGACGUGCAGGCGCAGGCGAUAUGGCACACCGACCUCGACUUUGUCGUUGGCAACCGUGAUAGGUUGGUUGUUCUGAGUUUUCUGAGCACAACUCCAGCAACAACGCCGCUAUCUGUAGUGGAAGGUGGUCCGACAGUGGGAUCCGCCUCGGAUGGCAACAGCAGUGCACCAGCAACUGGUGGGGCACUUCCCACUCCACAACCUCUAACUGCCACCAACAUGACCACGAGUGUGCCACCUGCUGCGAGGCUCGCUAUCUCUGGAGAUCAGCUGCGUGAACCCGCACUGACCAUCGGGCCAGUGUCUGCAGAGUUCGCCAAUUAUGCUGCCGCUUUACUAGUCUACGCCGUCCGAUACCCAGCUGUCUUCUGGCACACCAACAAGGCAUUUGGAGCACUCUUCUCACUGCAAUUACUUGCUAAUGGAGUGCAGAGCCUGCUCGCCUAUGCUGGUGUCUGCGUUCUGUACAAGGUGCAGGUAGUCGGUGCUGCAGAAGCACUCCCCAUUCUUGGCGGUAAUGAGUCACCAUUCUUGCUCAAUCCAUUGGUCACAUUGGUGCUCUAUGUACUCUCCAGUGUGCUGGUUCUAGCAUCCAGUCUUGUCCUCUAUCUCUACGGUUAUGGCAGGUUCCUCUCAUUUGUGCAUGCAGAGCAAGAACGGCGGGCUGUGCUGGGACGGCGACCUGCAGCACGUGGCUGGGGGUACUUCACACAUUGUGCAGCAUUGUGUGCUCUGCUUGCCAUUGCUGUCUGCAAUGCGCCACUCCUGCAUGAUUACACAGCUGUAUAUCGUGGCAGCCUAGAUGGUGCAGUACUCGCAUGUGUAGUAGGUGGCAUUUCACACCUUCUACUCUGGGUGCUGUUGUGGCUCCUACUCACCAUUAAGCGACGCUGGGCUUUUCGUCUCCGGGUCAGUGUGGCUCGUGCCGAGGUGCGUUCGCCUCGGUCUGUGAGACUUGUGGCUGAUGUAAAGCUGUCAUCCCGUGAUGCGGGCCCUGGUGCACCACUACUUGUAAUAGGCAAUGGCCGCACCUAUGCUAUUACGGAGAGCUCACCAAAGCGUGCCAUCAUGAGUGUUGUGCACCGUGUUGCUGCUGAGCGAAAGCCGAAGGCUGCACAAAGUAUUGAUGAUAUAAAUGAGGAACAAGUGUACUGGUUGCGGCCAAAACCACCUUCACCAAAGACUUCUCCAGAUUCUGACAGAUUAACAUGGUUGAAUCGCAAAUUAAGCACAAAUACGAAACACAAAGUCACAUUUGAUGAUUCACUUUCAACAUCAAAGAAAGGAAAGUGUCUCUUAGCAAAGUCUCCCAAAACUGGGAGCAAAGGCAAGAAGGGCCCACAGAAUGGUUUGGAGCAAGAGUCAGAAGAUGAUGGUGACUAUGCAACACUGCGAGAACUGCCUCGGGCAGAAAAUGAGGAAAACAAGCUGCUGGAUUCAGCCUCUCGUGAAGACAGCUCCAGUACAUAUGGGCUUACUAACAAAGAUCUGACUCCUGGUGACUACGAAGAUCCCAGUCCCUUACUAACACCUGAGCCCCAUGGAGAGCCAAGCAGCUCUCACCCAGUAACGGCUCCUGUCACUGUUUCUGUUCACAACAGCUCAGAACCAAACCAGUUACAGAGUAUGGAAACACCACGCUGUUUACGAAGAGCUGAUUCGGGAAUGCCUCAUGAUGAACUGACACCACGAUCUGAUUCUGUCAGUACUGAAAGUUCUGGAGGUUCACCACCAUGUGGAAAUCACAGUGAAACAUCAAGUGGAGUGCAUUCAAAUUCCAGUUCAGAAAACCAGCCAGGGAGACGUUCAACAAGUGUUGACGAUCUCCCUGCAUCAGAACAGAAUCCUCGAACACAACCUCCCUGGCGCAGUUUUUCGCUCCAGAGGAAUGUACAGCCACCAACAUCAAAUACAGCAGUUCUCAAUCAAACUUCAGGUAGUGCAGGUGCAGCACCACCAUCUUUUGGAUUUUCUGGUGUAGCUGCCAUGCCUUCUACAAAUGCAGUUAUCGCUACUGAUGCAGGAACAGUGGGGGGAUGUCCUGCAGUCCUCCUUGAAAAUGCUGCAGAGAGCACAGUCGUUAUUCGCCGAAAGCAGGUGAGACCAAAGACGAGUGAUGGGACUCAGUCUCCUGUCCUUAAGGAUGAACCUUUUGGUCGUUCAACAAAUAUGAGAAUGACAUCAUUUACAGACAACCCGGAUGGCUCCAGGCCCGAACAAGAGAACUUCCCAUCAUCAUCCUCUACCUUACCUCACUAUCCAACACAACCCAUACCCGUGGCUGCUGUAUACCCUCACUGUUCAACCAUGCCAUUACCAAGUAGUACAUCUGGAUCGAUUGUUCACAACACUACAAAUUCAUCAGGUACAGGCAGCUGUCACCUUUUCCCCAGACAACAUACCACAAUACCCACUCACCACAAUGGUGUCCGUCUAUUCAGUGGGCCAAAUCCAUUUGUAAAACGUUUUCCACCAUACCACCACCAAGUUCUAAAUGGACGUCCACCACAUAUCGCACCUCCGUUAGGGCCACUGGUAGCGAUACAGGCAAGUUCAAAGACUUGUGGUGUGGAUCCACAAAACAGUGGCAUAGCUGUACAUCACACAUUUCCUCAGAUCACACCAGUUGUCAAGUACAAUCCUCAGCAGCUUCUUCACAAACAGGAUAGGGAUUCAGCUAAUUUUUCAAUGGCAUCCAGUGGAGAUUCUGAUCAGUAUCUGCCUCAUAACUAA